AAGUGCAAGCCCGCUCCUCCUCGAGCCCGCGCUCACGCCGCUGCCGCCAUCAUGUCUGCUGCAAGUGCUGAGACUCCAAACUCAACCAUCUCCAGAGAGGCUAGCACCCAGUCCUCAUCAACUACAACCAGCCAAGGAUAUGUUUUACCAGAAGGCAAAGUCAUGCCAAAUACGGUUUUUGUUGGUGGAAUUGAUGUUAGGAUGGACGAAACAGAAAUUAGAGGCUUCUUUGCUAAAUAUGGUUCGGUAAAAGAAGUGAAGAUAAUCACGGAUAGAACUGGUGUGUCUAAAGGCUAUGGAUUUGUUUCAUUUUAUAAUGAUGUGGAUGUGCAGAAAAUAGUGGAAUCACAGAUAAAUUUUCAUGGCAAAAAGCUAAAACUGGGCCCUGCAAUUAGGAAACAAAAUUUGUGCGCUUAUCAUGUGCAGCCACGUCCUUUGGUUUUCAAUCCUCCUCCACCACCUCAGUUCCAGAGUGUCUGGAGUAAUCCAAGCACUGAAACUUACAUGCAGCCUCCAACUAUGAUGAAUCCUAUAACUCAAUAUGUUCAAGCUUAUCCUCCUUAUCCAAGUUCACCAGUUCAAGUCAUCACUGGAUAUCAACUGCCGGUAUAUAAUUAUCAGAUGCCACCUCAGUGGCCUGCAGGGGAACAAAGGAGCUAUGUUAUUCCUCCGGCUUAUACAACGGUUAACUACUACUGUAAUGAAGUUGACCCAGGAGCUGAAGUUUUGCAGAGUGAAUGCUCAGUUCAUGAAGCUACUCCAUCCUCUGGCAAUGGCCCGCAAAAGAAAUCAGUGGAUCGAAGCAUACAGACAGUGGUAUCUUGCCUGUUUAAUCCAGAGAGCCGACUGAGAAACUCUCUUGUUACCCAAGAUGAUUAUUUUAAGGAUAAAAGAGUGCAUCACUUUAGAAGAAGUCGGGCAAUGCUUAAAUCUGUUUGAUCCCUUUUGCUAACUUUCUGGUCUCGUGAGCAGUUGAUGGUUUUGAAGAAGAGACGGAAAGUUCUUCACUAUAAUAGAAAUUUAAUUCUGACUUUUGAUAAAUCACUUAUACUUUAUAUAGAAGUUAGAGUACUUAGUUUUAUUUUGCAUUGAAACGUUCUUCAUUAGGUAUUAUCAUAAAUACUUGUUCUGUGUAGAAUAUAUAGUUGAAAGUAAAAAAUAAUCGAGAAUGAGAGGAAUAGCUUGUAAGACUUAGGUGUAAGGAAUUUUUUAAAUUGAUAUUUUAUGUUUAAAAGUAAGCUCUGAUUUUAAAAAACUGUUUUAAAAAUCUGUUAUUUUGUAAGGUCAGAAUUUGAUAGUUUGAAUGCAAGUAUUCCAUUUCUCCAACAAGUACCUGAAAACAAUACAAAAUUUACACUAUUGUGUUUUGGAUUUAUACUUUGUCUAGAAAUUUGCCACAAAAGCAGAGUUUUUAAAACUAGUUUUAAUCAGUGGAACACAAUAUAUAAUUAGCUUUAUUGAAGUCUUCCUUAUCUGAACCCAGUAAAACAGAUUCUAAACAAACUGUCCAAUCAGUGGAUUUUAAGUUUGUUAGUUCAAAAUACUUAUUCUGUUACCUAGAAUCCAUGCAUAGAUAUUCUAUUUCAUUAGAAUGGUAAUUAGGAUAACUAAAAUUCUGGCCCUAUUUUUUUUUAUCUAAACAAACUAAACUUAGAUAAGCUUCUCAGUGAGUUACCAUUCUUUUAUUCUAAAUUCUUUUGUUUUUUUUCUUAAAAGGCUAAACGCAAUGGAAGUAUCUUAAAUUGUGCAAAAUAUUGGUAUUAAAGAAUGCUGAGACUUUUUAUGUUAUUUAAAAGUAAAUCAGAGUAUCUGAAAGGAAUUCUUUUUAUAAAAAAUUAAAACUUAGUUGUUAUAAACAAUUUAAGUUUUUUUUGUUUUUUAGCCUGUUCUAUUUUCUUUUUUAAAGUAAAAUACAUAGAGGAAAAUCCAAAUAUAGUAGGUGGUAUUAACAUUUCUUAACCACAAAAGUUUGUUUAGUAUACCAAUAAAGUUCUAGAGUCAGAGUUAAAAAAUCUAUUCCCUGGAUUAGCUCUUCUCACUGGAUCUUGUGAUGAACAACUAGAGCAGUAGAGUCCUUUUGUUGUACCUACAGUUUUGCUUUUCCUGCCUGUACUGCUCUUCUUGUGAAAGGUUUGCUCCUAGAACUGGUAAUGUCAAGUAGCAAGUAGUAGUAUGAGAAAUUCAAGGAAUAAUCUUCCAAAAGAGAGCAAUGUCGUAGUACCAUUCUAAAGGAAAUAUUUGUAUCAGCAUUCGACCUUCUUUAGACAUGAGUUUACAGUGGUUUCAUGGUGUUUUUCCCAUCAGAUUCUAACCUAAAAUGCUAGAGACACCAUUUAUCUCAGUAAAAUGCAGCUUUAUCACCAGUGCCCAUUAUAGUCUGUAAUUUCUAAAUCUGCAGGAAAGAGUCCUUAAACUUUGAAGGAUACCGAAGAGGACUUAGGCUUUUGAAUUAGAAAUUUAUCUGCAAUAACCCCUUUAAAAUUCUCUCUUGCUUUCUUCUUCCUCUUCUUUUUGGUGGUAUAAUAUUCCUCCAUAUAUUAUUUUGUGAUUUAAAUAUACAGCUUAUUAUAAAUGGUUCUAAAUUCCAUUCUAAUUCUUACAAUAUGACCAUAGGGAAAAGUAAGGGGAUAUGCUUUUUGCUUAUCUGCUAUACUGUUGGAGUGUGAAAUAUUUAAAAUAGUAAGAAAGAGACAAAUUCCUGAGCAUUUCAAAAUGGAUAAUUAAUUAAAACUUAAAACAUGUUCUUAUUACCUAUUACU